UUGACGUCAGAGUCGCUUUCCGUGCCACAUGUUUUGAAGAAGUCGAUUUAUCCCUAUAGCUUUUCCAAAAACACCUCGGAACGGACGCAUGUCUUUGUGGAUAAAGACAGUAUUUUGCAUGGAAAUAUACUGGUUACUCUUUCAAAUCUGUAAUAGCUGUCACAUAUAACCAUGGCUCUUCCGGAGAAAAAUGAAGUUACAGCGGAACUAGAAACACAAGCCGCGAUCAAUGAAGACGAGAUAAAUGAUUUUAAACAAGUGCAAGAGGAGAAGCGGGAGGAGAAUGCAGAUGGUGUUGAAGAUGCUAUUCAAGAGAUGAACUGUGAAGAUGACGAUGAUGAUGACCUGGAUAGAAAUGAAGAAGAUGCGAAACCAAAGGGCAAGAAAUGUGUUCCAGGCAUCGUGUAUUUGGGACACAUUCCUCCGAGGAUGAGACCAAAACACAUGCGGGCUAUGCUUAGUGUGUACGGAGAGAUCGGGAGGAUCUUCCUCCAGCCUGAAGAUCAUUGUGUGAAAAGAAAGAAGAAGAAGGCGGGAAGCAGAUCGUCUAGUUUCACGGAAGGCUGGGUGGAGUUCAGAGACAAGCGCAUCGCUAAGAGAGUCGCACUCAGUCUGCACAACACGUCCAUGGCCAACAGGAAGAAGAGCCGCUUCAGUAGUGAUCUGUGGUCCAUAAAGUAUUUGCACAGGUUCCAGUGGUGCCAUCUUAGCGAGCGACUGGCUUACGAGCAGACGGUGUAUCAUCAGCGUAUGAGAACAGAAAUCUCUCAGGCGAAGAAGGAGACCAACUUCUACCUGGCCAGUGUGGAGAAGAGCCAGAGGCUGGAGAACCUGAAGAAGAAGGCGGCGAAGAAGGGAGAGGUCGUAGAGGAGAAGACGUGGGACUACAAACAGAGACCUACAGAAGAGGAGAUCCACCUGAAACGGUUUAAGAACAAAGGCUUGUCCAAGAAGAACCUCCAGAAGGCAAAAGAGAAGAGCAAAACCAUCCAAGACAAAGCUCAAUCGAACGUUUCCCUCUUGGCUAAGAUCUUCAAUAGUGGAAGGGCUCAGGAGUGAUAUACUCAGAACGAGAUUAAGUUCAAGUUUUGGUGAACUGUGGUUGUAUACAAGCUGUUCAACAUGCAAUCUUAAAAAAAAAAAUGCUCUACUCAUACUAUGUUAUUGACGCAGACCAGAUAUAAACCCCAUAUAGAUGGAACUGAUUGACUGUUUCAUACUUUCAGAAUAAAAACACAGUGUGGCUCACAUGAAAAUGA